ACCACGAAUUAAGGAUAAGCUCUCAGGCAACCUAGACAUAAGGAAACUUAAAGAUGAACCACAAUACAAAGAAGAAUAUGAAAAGGCAACGAGAGAUUUCAAUAAAGUGAUUAAAUGUUGGAUAUGCAAGAAAGGAUUCCAAGAUCCUAAUAAGGAAAAACUUGCAGAAGGAAAAUUGAUUAAAAUCAAUGGUGCAAAAGAUUACUGA